GAAAACCAUACCUAAAUGGAUCUCUCUACUCUUCUUCUUCUCUUACUCCUACCAUUAUUUCUCAUUUUCAGAAACAAAAAAAAUGGUGAAAAAAACCUCCCACCAAGCCCACCAAAGCUUCCAAUCAUAGGAAACUUGCACCAACUUGGCAAUGGACCUCACCAUUUAUCCUACAAAAAAAUGUCACGUAAAUAUGGUCCGGUGAUGCUUCUUCAUCUUGGAAAGCUAAAAACUGUAGUCAUCUCUUCUGCUGAAGCAGCAAAACAAGCAUACAAAGAUAAUGAUCUUGCUUGCUCAAGCAGACCGCUUUUCGAGGGUUCCGGUCGCCUUUCUUACAACUAUUUCGACGUCGCUUUUGCACCCUAUGGCGAACAUUGGAGGAACAUGAAAAAACUCAUCAUUCUUGAACUUUUUAGCUUGAAAAGAGUUCAAUCUUUUAGACCCAUAAGAGAAUAUGAGACUAACGUAGUAAUGGAAAAAUUAGCCGAAGCGGCAGCUUCUUUGACUCCGGUUAACCUAACCGACAUGUUAUACACACUGAUUGCUAAUGUGACAACGAAAAUGUCAUUUGGAUUUGAGUAUAGAGGUAGUGAUUUUGAUGAAGAGAAGUUUCAUGAAGUUGUUCAUGGAACUGAAGCAAUUCUGGGAAGCUAUGCUUAUAGUGAACUAAUUCCGGGGAUAGGAUGGUUGCUGGAUCGAAUCGGAGGCCGCCAUGCGAAGACCGAACAAGUUUUUUGUGAUUUGGACAGAUUUUUUCAGCAUGUUAUUGAUGAUCAUCUUAAACCAGGAAGAGAGAGGAGCCAUGAUGAUAUGAUUGAUGUUCUUUUGCGUAUGGAGAAGGAACAAGCUGCUAAAGGUGGUGAAGUUGAAUUCACUAAAGUCAAUAUUAAAGGAGUUCUCCUGAAUCUGUUCGCGGGUGGAGUAUCUACAUCUUCAAUUACUCUAAACUGGGCCAUGUCGGAACUAAUGAAGAACCCAAGAGUUAUGAAGAAAGCACAAGAAGAAGUAAGAAAGGUGGUUGGGCAUAAAGGAAGAGUAACAGAAACUGAACUUAGUCAGCUUCCCUACAUAAAUAUGAUAAUAAAAGAAACUCUCAGGAAACACCCACCAGCCCCGCUCCUAAUUCCAAGAGAAACCAUUUCAGACAUCACACUUAAUGGUUACAAAGUUCCUGCCAAGACAAUGCUGCAGGUUAACGUCUGGGCGAUAGGACGAGACCCGAAUAACUUUAAGGAUCCUGAGGAAUUCUACCCUGAAAGAUUUGAAACAAGCCCUUUUGAUUACAAAGGAACUCAUUUCGAGUUAUUACUGUUCGGAUCGGGUCGGAGAAUGUGUGUUGGGAUGCAUGUAGCAGAAAUGAACAUUGGGACUGUACUUUCUAAUCUAGUGUAUGGUUUUGACUGGAAGUUACCUGAUGGGAUGAGUAGGGAAGAUCUUAAUAUGGAUGAAAUGGAUCAUGUGGCUCUUACUGUUACUAAGAAAGUACCUCUUCAUCUUGUGCCUGUGAAGUGGAAUCCGUGAUGAUCAGUAAUCGCUGAUUAUCUAAUAAAGUACCUCUUCAUCUUGUGCCUGUCAAGUGGAAUCCAUGGUGAUCAGUGAUCAUUGAUCAUCUAAUGUCAUGUUAUAUGGUGAUAUUAAGUAUGCAUUUCAAUAAGAGCAUGCAUGUGCAUCUGAUGGAUGUAUAUGUAUGUCGGUAUUGUUGUUAUUUCUGCUACAUGAUGGUUAUCUAA